ACCAUUAACGCGAUCACGACUCCAGACGCCACAUUGCUCUCCGACGGCGGCGACGGAGCGGAGCGCGAAUCGAGCCGAGAACCGAUCGGAGAUGGCCACGUCAUCGCCGGCCGCCGUCACGGAGGCGCUCCGGGCGGUGCUCCACCGGGUCGGCCAGGCGGCGGAGCGGUGCGGCCGCGGCGCUGACCGCGUCCGGGUGGUGGCGGUGAGCAAGAAGCCCGUCGCCCUCAUCCGCCAGCUCUACGACGCCGGCCACCGCUGCUUCGGCGAGAACUACGUCCAGGAGAUCGUCGACAAGGCUCCUCAGCUUCCAGACGAUGUCGAAUGGCAUUUCAUUGGGAACUUGCAGAGCAACAAAGUGAAGCCUCUUCUCACUGGUGUUCCUAAUCUUGCGGUUUUAGAGAGCGUAGAUGAUGAGAAGAUUGCCAAUCGACUCGAUAGUUUUGUGGCAAGUGCUGGAAGAAAUCCUUUGAAAGUGUUUAUCCAAGUGAAUACCAGUGGAGAAGAAUCAAAAUCUGGUGUCGAACCCUCCAGUUGUGUGGAGCUUGCAAAACAUGUGAGCCAGAACUGCUCGAACCUAGAGUUCUGUGGUCUAAUGACGAUUGGGAACCUGGAUUACACAUCAACGCCAGAGAACUUUAAGACAUUAGCAAGCUGCAGAAGCGAGGUGUGCAAGGCACUUGGAAUACCAGAAGAAAAAUGCGAGCUGUCCAUGGGAAUGUCCGGUGAUUUCGAACAAGCUAUCGAAAUGGGAAGUACAAACGUAAGGAUUGGAUCCAUCAUAUUUGGCCCAAGGGAGUAUCCUAAGAAAUCAUCAGAUUAGCAUAUUCCCAGCAUCGUGAUGAUUGUGAUCACUUGUACGUAUUCAAAAGCCUUGAAAAGUGUCACUUCUUCAGCAUGGAUGAUCAUAACUAGAGAUCCAAUGAUGAGAAAAGAGUUCUUUCGGAUCAAUUCAUCGUUCCCUUCCACUGGGAAUGGAAGAUGUUCUUGAAGCAUCCUCAUAAACAUUGGCUUGUCCAGCAGCAAUCUCCGAAACCAGGAAAAUAGAAAGUUCGUUUUGCUGCAUAAGAUGUCUCUGUGUCCAUAGUUCUUUUCAGCGCAUAAAUUUAAAGAAGGCUGAUUAUAAAAGGAAGUGAGACUUGAACCUGCUUUAGUUUAUGUGAAAUGCAGAUAAAUGCUAACUCAGCCAGAUUUUGAUCUAUCAUUGUCAUUAUUAGAUCUUGAGAUGAAGAAUCAUGCCAUAA